GAGGAGGAGUCCUAGGCGAGGCGUUUGCCCUGCCUGUUGACCGGGGCUGGGCAUGCAACAGGCGGGAGACGUACAACCUGUUUAGCACACCCCUGGGAUUCUGGACCGCGCCGCUGGCCCCUUUCUCCCUUCAUUUUGGUGUGGAAGAAAGGGAAAAAGGAAGCUCCAGAGGAAAGACGCCGGAUUGCGCAGGCUAUUUUGCUCGCGCGUUGGGUCUCCUGGCCGAAGCGACCCACCCUCCAGAAUCCGACGUGUCAGCAAGAACGUUUGGCCAGCGCUCUCGCUGCGAAGCCAGCCUACGCGAUUCCCGAUCGCCUCUCUUCUUUCCCGCGCCAGGCGAUGCCCGCCGUCGACAAACUUCGCCUAGAAGACGCUCUGCAAGAUAGUCCGCAGACCCGCUCCUUGCUGAGUGUAUUUGAAGAAGAUGCAGGAACACUCACUGAGUACACCAACCAACUGCUUCAAGCAAUGCAGAGAGUCUAUGGGGCACAGAAUGAAAUGUGCCUGGCAACACAACAGCUUUCCAAGCAUCUUCUUGCCUAUGAAAAACAGAAUUUUGCCUUGGGGAAAGGAGAUGAAGAAGUAAUAUCUACGCUUCAGUCCUUCUCAAAAAUUGUGGAUGAGCUUAAUGUUCUACAUACUGAACUGGCAAAACAGCUUGCAGACACAAUGGUUCUUCCUGUCAUCCAAUUUCGUGAGAAAGAUCUUACAGAAGUAAGCACUUUAAAGGAUCUCUUCAGUCUUGCAAGCAAUGAACAUGACAUUUCCAUGGCCAGAUACAGCAGGCUACCCAAAAAGAAAGAGAAUGGAAAGCUAAAGGCUGAAGUUGCCAAAGAGGUCGCCAGUGCUCGAAGGAAGCAGCAUCUGUCUUCAUUACAAUAUUACUGUGCCUUGAAUGCUUUACAGUAUCGUAAAAGAAUUGCUAUGAUGGAGCCCAUGCUGGGAUAUGCACGUUCACAGAUUAAUUUUUUGAAGAAAGGAGCAGAGAUGUUUUCAAAAAGGCUGGAUGGCUUUUUAGCAUCAGUUACAAAUACGGUGCAGAGCAUCCAAGAAGAAUCAGAUGCUGAAGUUGAAGCCAUGCGGGUAUCUCAGCAAGAUCUGCUUUCAGUUGGUGAAUCCGUAUAUACACCCGAUUUUGAUGCUUCUCCUGUCAUCAACAAAAACCUCAUUCAGAAAGCAGGCUACCUAAACCUUAGAAACAAAACAGGCCUUGUGACAACCACGUGGGACAGGCUGUAUUUCUUCACUCAGGGUGGAAACUUGAUGUGUCAGCCCAGGGGUGCAGUCGCUGGUGGAUUGAUUCAAGAUUUGGACAACUGCUCUGUGAUGGCCAUUGAUUGUGAAGACCGACGUUACUGCUUUCAGAUCACCACUCCAACAGGAAAACCAGGCAUAACCCUCCAGGCAGAAAGCAAAAAGGAAUAUGAGGAGUGGAUAAGUGCAAUCAACAACAUUUCGCGACAGAUCUAUCUGACUGACAACCCAGAAGCAGUUGCCAUUAGGUUAAAUCAGACAGCACUGCAAGCUGUGACUCCAAUCACGAGCUUUGAAACGAAGCAGGGUAGCCACUCCUCCAGCCAGGAUGGGAAGUGCAUGGAUAUUCUGAAUGACCAGACAGUUCCAGAGGAGUCUGCUGAAGCUCUCAUCCCCACGGAGUUAAUUGCACCUGGAACUCCCAUUCAGUUUGACAUUGUGCUUCCUGCAACAGAGUUCCUAGAUCAGCACAGGGGUGGAAGACGUACCAAUCCUUUUGGAGAAUCUGAAGAUGGCGAGAAAGAGGAUGAAGCAGAUUCACUCCUGCAGCACAUGUUUGUAGUUCGGUUUUUAGGCUCUAUGGCUGUCAGAUCUGACCAUACCGUGGAGGUGAUCUAUGAAGCGAUGCGGCAGGUGUUGGCAGCUCGGGCUAUUCAUAAUAUUUUCCGUACAACUGAAUCCCAUCUCUUGGUCACCAGCAAUGACCUGAAAUUGAUAGAUCCUCAAACACAAGUUACAAGAUCAAAUUUUGAACUAGCCGAUGUGACACAGUUUGCUGCUCACAAGGAAAACAAGAGGCUGUUUGGGUUUGUGGUUUGUGUCUCUGAAUUGUCAGGUGAAGACGGCAUGAGUGCUUAUGUGUUUGAGAGUAACACCGAAGGUGAAAAGAUUUGCUAUGCAAUAAACCUGGGGAAGGAAAUCAUUGAGGCUCGAAAGGAUCCAAAAGCUCUAGCUCAAUUAAUAUCAUCCAUGCCUCUUACUAAUGAUGGAAAAUUCAAGUUACUGAAUGAGCGAUCAGAAGAAGACAAUGCUAUACAUGGGGAAGAACAGGAGUCGGAAGCAUAACUGAUAAUUUCUCUCAGUGGAGAGAAGUGGUGCCCAUAAGAGAGUGUACCCUGUGCUCUCAGCUGUGGUCCAACAUAGGUGGACUAGAGCAAACACCCAAGAGAUGAGAACUUGAUCUAAAUAUUUGGUAUAGAAACUGACAGACUUUUUAAAAUUCUUCCUCAGUACCAAGCCAUCCUGAUUACUGAUGGGAGGACCACAAAAUUAUCACCAGCAAAGAUUUAAUUGCUCAACGACAUGCAUUCACAAAUAUUUAUAAAUAAAUACACACAUGUUUCACAUAAUUCUACUAGCUAUAGUAGAGAGGACAGGCUACAAAGUUUCUGAAAGUCUGAAUUAAAACACAGAGGCACUUCACAGAAAAAAAUAAUAUUUUGCAUCUUAAGCAAAAUAGAUAGAAGAGUUGAAAUGUUUGGAAUAUAGUUUAGAUAGCAGAAUUGAAGUGUUUGGAUUAUAAUCUCAGUGAUAAAUACUUUAUUUGCUCUUAUUUGCAUACCUUUUAAAAAGUAAUGGGAAAGCUAUUUUAAACUAGGCUAUUUAGAAAGCUAUUCAAUAACAGUUUCUACUAAUAUUUAUUUUUAUACUUUUAUCUGAGUUAAGCUUUCAAGAUUAAGUGCCUAAUUUGUGAUAAUAAAA